CUGACGACGGAACAUGUGCUCUGGAUGAAGAAACAAAACAGCGUAAAUUAGUAACAAAUAAUUGGAAUUUUGUGAUCUAAACUGCUGCAAUCAUGGCGGAUCAUGCGUUUCAUCGGCCGGGGCCGCUGAAGCAAACGAAUAAGGCCCACAAAACGGGUCGACAUCGCUCUAAAGGAGCCAUAGACAAUGCCCAGAAGGGAAAGAUUGGUCUAAAGGCCAUCUCCCACAAGCACAAGCAGCAGCAGAGGAAGGAACAGCGUCGCAACCAGAUGAACCAGCUGCGUAAAAACAAGCGCGAUGAAGUACUGGAGCAGAAGAGGAAGCUCGGAGGUCAGAACACAGCACCGUUUCUCGUCUGCCUGCUGCCCAUGCACGAGCAGAUCGAUCCCAGGUCCGCACUGGCCAUCCUCCAGAGCUGCGACAGCGAGCUGGUGGUGGAGAACUCCCCCAGUGGCAUUGUUUACAUAAAUCUUCCUCGCUUCAAGCAGCGUUUUGCGUUUGUGAUCCCACCUGUUGGUCGUGGAAAUGAGCUAAUCGCUCUGGACUACUUGAAGGUGUGCGAUACCACCUUGCUCCUAACCUCCGCCGCCUUUGGUGAUGAAGAGAUCUUCGAUCGCUGGGGUCAGCGGAUCUUUAACAUGAUAUCCGCCCAGGGAAUUCCCACUCCCGUGGUCGCACUCAUGGAUCUGGAGUCCAUCAAUCCCAAGCGACGUCCCGCUGCCAAGCAGGCGGCCCAGAAGAUCAUCUCCAGAUUAUUGCCCGAGGAGAAAGUUAUGCAAUUGGACACCGCCAGCGAGGGUUUAAAUGUCAUGCGUCGCAUUGGAGGACAGAAGAAGCGUGUCCUUCACAAUGUGGCCAACCGACCUCACCUUUUUGGCGAUGUGGUGGAGUUCAAGCCGAGCUCCGAUCCCAGCGAUGAUAUGGGCACCCUGGAAGUAACUGGUUUUCUUCGGGGACAAUCCCUAAACGUAAAUGGCUUGGUGCAUAUUCCCGGCCUGGGCGACUUCCAGUUGAGCCAGGUGGUGGCCCCGCCAGAUCCGUACAAACUGGACAAAUCCCGCGACGGCGAGAAUGCUGAGGUGCGUCUACUCGACCGAAGCGAUCCUCUGAAGCGCACUUCUCUGCAAAGCGAGAACAUACCCGAUCCAAUGGACGCGGAGCAGACCUGGCCCACAGAGGAGGAAAUCGCCGCCUCGCAGCAGGAAACCAAAAAGAUGAAGCUGGUGAAGCGUGUGCCCAAGGGCUACAGCGAGUACCAGGCCGCUUGGAUUCCAGAUGUCGAGGAGGUGGAAGAUCCGGACAACAAAGAUGACGAAGACAUGAGUGAUUAUGACGAUGAUGACGACGACGACGAUGAUGAGGACUUCAUGUCGUGCGACAACAAAUCCUUUGAGGAUGAGUACGAGAAAAGGGAUUCCGACACAGAGGAGUUCCAGGACAGUGUGUCCGUUACCUCGGAGGCAGCUGUCAAUGACGAAAAGUACGAUCAGCAGAUGGAUUUCCAGGAGGAGCGCGAGACCCUCAAGAAACUUCAGCAGGCUCGCACGGAUCAACUGUGGCCGGAUGAAAUCGACACGCCUUUGGAUGUGCCCGCCCACGAGAGGUUCCAAAAAUACCGAGGUUUGGAGUCCUUCAGGACAUCGCCCUGGGAUGCCAAGGAGAAUCUGCCCGCUGACUAUGCGCGCAUCUACCAGUUCCAGAAUUUCGACCGCACCAAGCGAAGGAUUCUGAGCGAAGCCAAGGAGUUCGAGGGUGUGCUGCCUGGUUUCUAUGUCACGCUUCAUGUCAUCAAUGUGCCUGAAAGCCGUUGGAACGCCUUCAAGUCCGCUCAGCUUACGGACAACAUUAUUGUAUACGGAAUGCUUCCACAUGAGCACCAAAUGUGCGUUAUGAAUGUAGUCCUGCAGCGAAUGCCUGACUCCGAGGUGCCGCUCAAGUCUAAGGAGCAGUUGAUCAUCCAGUGCGGUUAUCGUCGCUUUGUGGUGAAUCCUAUUUACAGCCAACACACCAACGGGGAUAAGCAUAAGUUCGAGCGCUAUUUCCGUCCGUACGAGACCGUCUGUGCCACAUUUUACGCUCCCAUUCAGUUCCCUCCGGCAGCAGUGUUGGCGUUCAAAGUGAAUCCUGACUCCACGUUAGCACUGGUGGCCCGCGGACGCCUGCUCUCUUGCAAUCCAGAUCGCAUUGUUCUCAAGCGCGUUGUUCUCAGCGGUCAUCCCAUGCGGAUUAAUCGCAAGUCGGCUACGAUUCGGUACAUGUUCUUCUACAAAGAGGAUGUGGAGUACUUCAAGCCAGUGAAACUAAGGACCAAGUGUGGUCGCAUGGGACACAUCAAGGAGUCGCUGGGCACGCACGGACAUAUGAAGUGCUACUUUGAUGGCCAGCUGCGGUCCUAUGACACCGCUUUUAUGUACCUGUACAAGCGCGUCUUCCCCAAGUGGACAUAUGAGGAGUGUUUGGUGCGAACGGCGGAACAUGAGCGUCAACAUGCGUCGGCAAACAGGCGGAAUUCCCAGCAGGUGGCAAUGGAAGAGUAAUGGAGUAUUUGAAAGAAUGGUUAUCAUAUUGCUUCUAUGGAUAUAAGUAAUUGAUCGGCAAUUCAAAGUUAGUGGUGCCCGCGCUUUUUAUAGCAAUUUUUGUGUUUUGAAAAACUUCUGAAUUUAUCAAAUCUAAUCGAUUUUUAACAUUCGGGUUUCAAACAUAAAUUUCUCAUAACUUGUCCUUUUUCAACAACCAUAAAAGUACAUAAAAUAUGUACAGAAAACCCGUA